UUUCCCAUAUCGUAUAACAGUAGAGUAGUAAAAGCUAAUUGGUAAAAGAUUCUGUCUAUUUCCUCCAUUUAUAAUAAGCAUUUUAACGGAGAAAAAAAAUGGAAAAACUAGCAAGCCGUGCUUUACUCAAAACAAUUACAAUACUGUUUUUAAUAUUCGUCAUUUUUACUUGUUUAGUCAACUGUGGACGUAGAACUUCGUCAGUAUCGCUGCAGCAUCCUGUUGCAUCAUCCCGACAGGUACGAUCUAUAGAAGUUGAAGUACUUGCAGCACCAUUUCAAGACUUUUGUUGGAGCAUCCUGUCAUUUAUUGGAGAAAAUUUGAAAACAAUCCAAACAUCAAUUCUAAACGCAAUUAUGUUCAUCCUUGUAGGAACCUUUAAUGGAAUCUGGGCUAUUCUGGGUGUGGACGCCAUUCUAAUGUGGUUUCGCCAGUGUUUGAUACCCCGUUUACUCGUUAUAAUUGUUCCAUCCAUUUCAGGUCUCAUUGUGCCACAAUGUUAAAGUAUAGAUGUAGUAUUCAUUUAAUUAUUGAAAUGUAAAAAAAAUAAAGAAUAAAGAAAUCAGUGUCUAUAGGGUUGUUCACCACAUACGACACGGAGCAUUGCAGCUAAACGUUUAGAUUUUUA